GGCGGCCUCCGGGGCACCGGCUGCGAGCGGAGCGGCACCGGCACCGGCACCGGGACGGAGCGGCCGGGCCGGAGAACAAUAGCGGCGCUGGGAACAAUGGAGCGGCCGCCGCUCCCCGCUUAGGGAUGCGGGCCGGGGCAGCGCUCCCAGCCCGGGAGUAGCGCAGGAACCGCGGCCAGCGCAGGAUCCGCGCCUCGGGGGGAGUGUGGCUGGCUUGGCUCUCCUGACCCCGCCGUGUCCCCCCCAGCCCGGUCCCCCCAUGCCCGCCCGGCCCCACCAUGGAGCUCAGCAGUGCAGGGGGCGCCGUGCCCUGCGGGAAGGACAAAUUCAUCUCCAGGAAUGAGCUGCUCCUGCACCUCAAGACCUACAACAUCUACUACGAGGGGCAGAACCUGCAGCUGCGGCACCGGGAGGAGGAAGGGGAGCUGAUCGUGGAGGGGCUGCUGAACAUCUCGUGGGGGCUGCGCCGCCCCAUCCGCCUGCAGAUGCAGGACGACAACCAACGCAUCCGCCCGCCACCCUCCUCCUCCUCCUGGCACUCGGGCUGCAACCUGGGCGCCCACGGGUCUGUGCUGAAGCCCAGCACCCUGCCGGACAUCCAGGUGACAGAUGUGGACGCUGCCGCCCGCACGGAGAAUCCUGGGAAUGGCACAGCCCCCAGGGCGGCAGAGGAGGCCCCGCAGCUGAUGAGGACCCGCAGCGACGUCGGCGUCCGGCCCCGCGGCAGCGCCCGCACGGCUGGGGAGCAGCGGCGGCUGCGGCGGCACCGCUUCUCCAUCAACGGCCACUUCUACAACCACAAGACCUCGGUGUUCACGCCCGCCUACGGCUCCGUCACCAACGUCCGCAUCAACAGCACCAUGACCACGCCCCAGGUGCUCAAACUGCUGCUCAACAAAUUCAAGAUCGAGAACUCAGCAGAGGAGUUUGCUCUGUACAUGGUGCACACGAGCGGAGAGAAGCAGCGCCUGCGCGGCAGCGAUUUCCCGCUGCUGGCCCGCGUGCUGCAGGGCCCCUGCGAGCAGGUGUCCAAGGUGUUCCUCAUGGAGAAGGACCAGGUGGAGGAGGUCACCUACGAUGUCGCCCAGUACAUCAAAUUUGAGAUGCCCAUCCUCAGGAGCUUCAUCCAGAAGCUGGAGGAGGAGGAGGACCGGGAAGUGAAGAAGCUGAAGCACAAGUACUCCAUCCUGCGGCUGAUGAUCGAGCAGAGGCUGGAGGAGAUCUGCGAGGGCCCCACGGCCAUGUGAGCGUCCCUGGGAUGUGCUGCACCAAAUCCCAACCCCAAAACGCUCCUGGUGCCCGCCUGGACGGCCCCAGCCCCGAGCCAAACCCCCCUCCCAAACUCCAUCCCCUCAAAAUCCUCGGGGGGCUCCUCCCAGGAAGGCUCUGGAUGGUGGCAGCUUCAGCCAAAACCUCAAAUCCCUGCAAAACACAGGGAAAAAAAACAAAAAAAAAGAGAAAAAAAGAGGAAAUCUCUGAGCAGCAGCAAGGAGAGGCUGCCAGGAUUGCAGAGCUGGAAUUUUGGGGGGCUCAGGUUGGAAAUGCCCGCGUGGCUCCCUGGGAGGGUCCUGCUGCUCGGCAGCAACGGAGCACAGAAAAAUUCCUCUUUUUGUUUCAGAGAAAAGCACAUUCCUGCCCUAUCACCGCAAUAAUUCCCCGGUGUUGGGAGGAUUUUGUAAAUCCCAGGGGUUGGCUGAGAUUUUGGGGGGGUUUCACCCUGACCUGGGGGCUCAUGGGUGCAUUUCCAGCCCAGGAGAAAAUCCCAUUUUCCCCCCAAAGCUGCAGCCACGGCGUGGCCCCUCCGUCCCCCCUGUAAUUUGCACUAAUAUUUCAGGAUUUUGAAGAAAACCACAAUGUCAAACCUCUCUGGUAGCUGUAAAUGCCAAAAAACCACAAAAACAAACGGCAGAGGGCCUUGAGCAUCUCGAGGGGUCUGGAUGGGAAAGGGGGAGAGGCAGGAGGAGGGGGAGGCAGAAAUAAAGAGGAUUUUGUUUUCCAAAUCCAUUUUCUAGCCAGGAAAUGAUCCUGGUGAAACCAGGACAGCACCAGCUGGAAAAACCUCUUUCCUCCCAGGCUAAACCAGCAAUACCCAUUUCAUACCUCGAUGUGAAUUAACCUCUGACUUUCUCCUCCCUUCCCUUUGAGUUUUUGCAAUGCAUCUUUGUAAUAUUUUUUUUUUAAUUUUUAAUUUUAAUUUUAAUGGUACCUUUUCCACCUUUAACUCACGUUGGGGAAAGUGUUGUACAGCGAGAGGAGCUUUGGAUGUGUUUGAAGGAUGAUUGUGGCACUGCUGCGUGGAUUAACAAGGAAAUAAAAUAAAAUAAAAUGAAAUAAAAUAAAAUAAAAUAUGUAGCAACUUCAUGCAGAAUGAAA